AUCGCGCUGCUUGACCUUGAAGCCAUGGCAGCGGACAAAGAGGGCAUUCCUGGCGCAAAACCUGCCGCUUCCACAACCUUCUUCAAGGGGUUGCAAGGCAAUACAUUGCACAGAGGAGCUAUACAGGCUACAAUGCCCAUGCAGCUUGAAGCCGUGCUGGCAAAGCGCGAGAGGGCGGAAAGGGAACACAUGCCUGCUCGGCCUCCGAAUGUAUUCGUCGACGGUGUGUACGUGAGAGGGUCUGCAGAUCCCAAGCAGAAGCCUCUGUUGCGGCACGUCAUCGUGAAGGACCUCAACAAGGUUGCUACACAACUCAAGUAUGAGGUUCCAACGAGUGGCCUUUUCGAAAAGAAACCACCCAUGGGCUUAUAUUGCAUUUUCGAUGGGGUAGCCGGCGGCGGGACUUCUGGAACUGGACCUUCAGUUGCCUCCAUCGCCGAGUUCUGCGCCUUGAAUUUCCACAUAGCGCUUCUGAACGCUCUUUCAGAGUUGAGGCCGAACUACGUCACCGCAAAGCUGGUUGAGGAGGCACUUGCGAGCAGCUUGGAAACUCUCGACCAAGAACUUCUCAUAAGGAAUCCAGAAGUUGUUGAAGGUUGCGGAGCAGCAAUCGCCUUGCUCGUGCGGGAUCACCUCUUCGUCGCGCUGAUGGGUCGAUGUAGUGCCGUGCUCUGCGAGGUCGGCGAUGAUGGAAGGCGUAUUCCUAUGACUUUGGGUAGAGGUGUGAAGACUGGUUGCAUGGGAGGGCCUUCAGCUACUUCUCCGGAUGUGCUAACAGCACAACUGAGCGCUGCAGACCGCCAUUCGUUCCUCGUCCUGACAUCCUCGGUGAUAUCGAACUCCAUCUCUUCAACGGAGCUCAUGAACAUCUCUUUGGGGUAUGAUUUGCAGCCCAGAGCCUUCUGUGGUGAUGUGGCUUCCCGCGCAGCUCAAGCAGGGCCGUGCACAGCAGUGCAGGUGGACGAGCCUCAAAGCUCAGCUCACGGAGAAAGCAAACAGAAAGCAAAUGCUCCAAGUCAGGGAAAGCAGAUAAGAACGGUGAACUUCCUCCCUGAAGCUCCAACACAGGUUGAGGCGGUUCCCCCGCCUACAAAGAAGGCAAAGGUUGCGCACACGAGUGGAGCCACGCAGAGCAUGCGUCUCAGGCACAUCUUGGUGAAGUUUCACGAAGGACCAAAGGUUCCUGAGGAGCCGAAGGCAAAGUGGGCGUCCCGUUCGCGACUGGAUGCUGAGAAGAUACUGCGUGUUGCUAUUGCUGAGAUUCGACAGGAUCGGAAGCAGUGGAAGAAGCCUCCGAAGGAUGUGACUGAGAUGAUCAGUCUAUCUUCCAAAAAGUUCAUCGAACUUGCAAGGAAGCAUUCGGACUGUGAGACAGCACAGAAGGGUGCACUGGCCUGUGGUGACCUUGGGUGGGUUACACCAGAGGCGCGGGCAUCCAUGAGUGAACACUUCAAGGAGGUUUGUGACGUCCUACACCCUGGACAAUGGAGUGACAUCGUGGCGUCACAUCAGGGCAUGCAUUUGGUUCAGAGAGUUCCAGUUGGCACCAGGCUUUACGGCCUUAUGCCCGCUGCCAGGUACCAGGUGCAGACAGUGGGCGGCACCAUUCCUGGCAAGACAGGGGAGCCAUCACAUGUUGAACUGUCUAUGGAGGAUGUACCGUUCAAUCUUCGUCGGUUUCAAGAAAUGGAGGUCAUCUCCGACGAGUUGGAGCCUCAUCUAGAGGACUGGAUCAUCUCCACCAAGGAGAUCUACACAAUGGCGUACUACAUGGAUGAGCAGCUGCUGGUGGAUACAGGGAUGAUCAACUGCGUCAUCAUCUCCUGUGCAUCUGCCAAGACGGCGUUGGCUCUGGCAUUCUGCUUGCGAAUGCGGGAGAUGAGGUACGUCUUUGGACUUACCUCCAAGGAUCAUCUUGAGUUUGCUCGGUCAACGGACCUCUUCCACGAGGUCUUCUCCUAUGAUGACAUUGAAUCUUUACCAAACAACCACACAGUUGUUUACAUGGACUUCAAGUGUGAUGGCGAGCUGAGACAGCAGAUUACUUUGAGGAUGGGCACAAACCUGAUGUACAACAUGGUCAUUGGGCCAGCUGUUUUCCAAAAAAAGAUGAAGGAUCAACUCUUCGAGAAGCGAGCCAGAGAAGUCCUGUUUGAUGAGUCGUCCUGGCGAGAGCGUCGACGGCUGGUGGCCGAGGUUACAAAGACCGGGAGAAAUGAAAAGCUCAAGCACUCUUACAAGGCGUUUAUCGAGCGCAUGAAGCAAUACAUCACUGUGAAGCACGUCGGCUCCGUGGAUGGUUUUGUUAAGAUGUACGAUGCUUUGUACAGCAAC